AUGGGAGUGCUAAGUUUCAAGCACAUCUUCUUUGGGAGCUUCCUUGGGUUCAACGGAGCAUCCCAAGCAGUGUUCAUCUUUCUUCUGAUUCCAUGUUGCCUGACUCUGAAUUUCAGAGCAUGUCCUCUUGUUCCAAAUGUUACUUUUCUCUUGGCCUGGAAUGCCCCUACUGAACUUUGUGAUAAAAAGUUUCAUAUACUGCUAGACAUGACCCUCUUCUCCCUAAUAGGAAGCCCUCGAAAAGAUGCUGAAAGGCCUGAUGUUGCAUUAUUUUAUGCUGAUAGACUUGGCUAUUAUCCUCAUAUAAAUGAAGUGACAGGCAAAAGUGAGAAUGGAGCAAUCCCCCAGAUGGGAUCCUUAAAAUCACAUUUGGACAAAGCUGCAAAUGACAUUUCUCAUACUGUGCCCAAAGAUCGUGUGGGCUUGGCUGUCAUUGACUGGGAAAACUGGAGACCUACCUGGGCAAGAAACUGGAAACCUAAAGAUGUUUACAAGAAUCUGUCUAUUGAGUUGGUUCAGCAACACAAUAUACAACUUAAUGUCUCAGAAGCCACCAAGAUAGCCAAAGUAGAAUUUGAAAAAGCAGGAAAGCGUUUCAUGCAAGACACUUUAAAACUAGGAAAGAUACUUCGACCAAAUUACUUAUGGGGUUAUUAUCUUUUUCCUGAUUGCUACAAUCAUAAUUAUUAUAAACCUGGAUACGAUGGAAGUUGCCCUGAUAUAGAAAAGAGAAGAAAUGAUGAGCUUCAUUGGUUGUGGAAGGAAAGCUCUGCCCUUUUUCCAUCCAUUUAUCUGAAUACUAAGCUAGCGUCUUCUCCAAAAGCUGUACUCUUUGCCCGUAAUCGUGUUCAAGAAGCCAUUCGGGUUUCUAAAAUACCCAGUGAUAAAAGUCCAGUUCCAGUUUUUGUAUAUACCCGCCCAGUUCUUACUGAUGUGUCUUCGAGAUACCUCUCUCAGGAUGACCUUGUGAGUACAAUUGGUGAAAGCGUUGCACUGGGUGCCUCUGGAACUAUCAUGUGGGGAAGUCUCAAUUUAACCAAAAAUUGGCAAUCUUGCAUGAACCUAGACAAUUACAUGAAGACUACCCUGAAUCCUUACCUAAUCAACGUCACCUUAGCAGCCAAAAUGUGUAGCCAAGUGCUCUGUCAGGAACAAGGAGUGUGUGUAAGGAAAGACUGGAAUUCAAAUGAUUAUCUUCACCUGAACCCAGUGAACUUUGCAAUUCAAACUCAGAAAAGUGGAAAGUACACCGUACAUGGGAAGCCCACACUUGAAGUCCUGCAGCAAUUUUCUGAAAAAUUUUAUUGUAGCUAUUAUACAGGUUCCAGUUCUAUGAAGAUGGUUGAUAUAAAAAACAUCAAUGUUAUUCAUGUGUGUGUUGCUAAAGAUAUUUGUAUAAAAGCAUUUCUGAACUCAAGUCCAGGAGACCUCCAAGAUCAUCUUUCCACCUCACCUGAGGAAUUUUCUUUCCCCUCCUACAGCAUCUCAUUGCCCACAUCAUCUGCCACAAAGUCUCCAGGUGCUCCUUGGGCAGAUUUCAGCGGGUAUCUCAAAGGUACUUAUUCAGCUGAAGCCAUUUCUCACAGUGCCCAUGAGGGCUGUCAGUAUGCUAACUGGAAAAGCACUGUCAUGUACCUUAUGUUUUGA